AAAAAAUAAUUCAUAAGGUGUGAAAUUCACUAUUUUCAACUCUAUAGUCACUUCACUUCUCAGUUCUCCCGCUAAACACAGUUGCACCCUUGCACAGGAUAUGAGCAAAGCAGAUUCUAGGGUUUGAAAUUGAAGAUUCCCCAUUUCUCAGAUAAAGAUGGAAAUGAGCAGGAAGCUUCAUUCAGAGAGUAAUUCAGAUAGAAUUUCUGAAUUGCCAGAAUCAAUUAGGGCACACAUACUUUCAUUUUUGGAAACUAAAGAUGCUGUUAGAAAUAGCAUUUUGUCGAGCAGUUGGCGGGGAGUGCCUACUUGGCUCCCCAAUUUGGAUUUGAAUAGCUUUUAUCUUCAUCGUUCGGUGAUGGACGAUUACCUACCUGAUUUUGAUAAAGAUGGUGAUGAUGCUUCCAGAGUGAAGAGAGAGUUGAUUAUUAGGACGAGGGAGGGUUUUUAUGCUUUUCUUGAUCGAGUUUUCGGGUCCAGUUCAGGCCUUGAGAAGGUUAAACUCUGUGUGCCGGGUUUCAGAAAUGAUAUGAAUUCUCGUGUGGAUCAUUGGCUUGAUGGUGCUGUUAGACGUGGUGUUAAAGAGCUAGAAUUGAAGAUUGGUGGGCAGCGAGGUCCUAGAUAUGUUUUCCCUGAAAGUGUUCUUACUGCCAAUUCGGUUACGAAAUUGAAAUUGCAAAAAUGUGAGCUGAGUUUUACUUCACUGAUGGACAACAAGCUGCCUUCUUUACAGGAGCUUAGUCUUGAAGAUGUCUGCUUGAAUAAGAUGGAAGUGAAAACUUUACUUGCUAGCUGCAUUAAUAUCAAGAGUUUCACUUUAAAGAACUGUGAUGGAUUGAAAACACUGGAAAUAGUCGGCCUAUCUAAACUUGAGAAGGUGGAUGUUGAGCAUGGUGAUGAUGUGAAAGUGAUUAAGAUCGAUGCACCCAAUCUUCUUGAGUUUAGGUAUAUGUAUACUGAUGGUGAAUCUAGUUGUAAUACAUGUUGCAUGGAGGUUGAGGAUUGCAAGAGUUUGAAACAUCUGGAAUUAAAUUGCUCUCAUCUGGACGAUAAUGACUUGGAAGUCUUACUAGAGAAGUCUCCGUUCCUUGAAAAAUUGUUUCUACAAAACUGUGAUAAUUUAGGAUAUGCUGAGAUCUAUUGUCAACACCUGGUCAAUUUAGUUUUUCAUAACUGUAGGGAGUUGGUAAGGGUUAGAGCUUCAACUCCUAAUCUAAAGUUCUUCACUUACAUGGGAGAAGAUCCCAUAUCCUUUAUGUCCAAGGGUCCAGCUCUAAAAUUGACACAUGCUAGCCUUAGCCUAAAACCCGACUUCAGAAAUGAUAAGUGGUUUAAUGGACUGAUCAAGUUACUUGCAAAGCUAAGUCACACUGAAAGUUUAACAAUCGAAGUUGCUUCUGAUAAGUAUGUCAUUAUUCCAGAAUCAGUAAAGACAAAGUCCUCCCCUCCCCUGCAUGCCGUCAAGAAUUUGAGGGUUGAGUUUCGACUGUCAGGUCUCAAGUCUCCUGUUGAAGUUGUUGAGUCUCUGCUGUGGCUUGCUCCUUGUCCAGAGUCUAUAUCCAUAUCUAGAGAUGAUUGUUCAGGUUGCAAGUCGAUUAAGUUUCUGUAUGAGAAGCCAUUGAAAGGCAAGAAAAAAUGUGGUUGCUGGAAAUCCUCUAUCAAUUGUUGGCGACACUCUCUGAAGACAGUAUGGAUUGAAAACCAGGGAAGCGCCAAGGACGAUACCAAGCUUGUAAAUUUCUUUGAGAAAAGGAGGAUUGAUGGGAAGAUAGAGUGUAUUACCAAGAAUGUCAUGUCUAAAUAUGGAUAUGGAUAUGGAUCUGGAUCUGGAUCUGAAUCUGAAUGUGAAUUUGGAUAUGGAUCUGAAGCUGAAUAUUGAGCUGAAGAUGAUAAUGGCCUGCCUCUACUCUGUUUCUUCCCUCCCUCUAAUGGUUAACUUUGAAUAUAUGGCAUAUUGGACAUGGUAUUAAACCUUGGUUGAAGCGCAGCCACAUUCGAUAUUUAGAACCAUGAUGUAUGCUCAUUUGGUGAAUCUGAAACUUUUGUUGUUGCAGGCAUGACUAUAUUUCUAAGUCUUAUCUUUUGAGAUACAGGAUUAUCCUGAAUGUAAAUUGUUUUACUAUAUUUUCUAAGUUAUCUUUUGAGAUACAGGAUUA